UUGACCAAAAUGAAAAUGGCUGCCACCGAUACUGCAGGCACGAUUGUUAGGAGGAAUCGUCCUGGUACUAAAUCUCAGAACUGGUGCAGCUGGCAGGAUGAGUCCUUUGAGGAGAUGGACAGCACACUUGCAGUGCAACAGUUCAUUCAACAAGCUAUCAGAAAGGACUUCACCAAUGUUGUUGAGAUCCUGACCCCCCCAGAGGGCCAGGAUGAGGGGGUAUGGAAGUAUGAACAUCUCAGACAAUUCUGUAUGGAACUUAAUGGAUUGGCAGUUAAGUUACAGCAAAGUGACUGCAACCCUGAGACAUGCACCCAGAUGACCGCCACGGAACAGUGGAUCUUCCUUUGUGCUGCCCAUAAGACUCCAAAGGAGUGCCCAGCAAUAGACUACACCCGGCACACCCUGGACGGAGCAGCCUGUCUACUUAAUAGCAACAAGUACUUCCCUAGCAGAGUGAGCAUCAAGGAAUCCUCAGUAGCCAAGUUGGGGUCCGUCUGCCGCCGUGUGUAUCGAAUAUUCUCACAUGCAUACUUCCAUCACCGAACACUGUUUGAUGAAUAUGAGAAUGAGACUUACCUGUGCCGUCGAUUCACCCAGUUUGUGACAAAAUACAAUCUGAUGUCCAAAGACAACCUUAUUGUUCCUAUACUGGAGGACCAGCAGUCUAUAGAAGGGGAGAGUGAAGCCUAGAGUAUCUGUCCCUGCCUACUUCAGGGAGCAGCAGUACAAUACUCAGCCUGCUAGAGCACCAUGUAACACAGCAUUGUGAAAGACUACAGCAGAUUGUAGCGAAGCAUGUGCUGUAGGGUGUAACAUUCAACAUAGAUUCGUCAUCAUGAUACUUGGUGUCCCAAUACAUGUUUUGCAGGAAGAGAAAUUAACGCUACCCUGAACCAGUUUCACAUAUGGUAAAGUUUCAAACAUUUUGUGGAUGUUUCUAUGUUAUCACUAGGGCUAGUAGACUUUAUAGUUUAUUCUCUAUCCCUGUGUUGUGUCAGGAAAUCAUGCACUGACGCACCUCCAUGUGUUUGAAUGAGGAGGGCAUACUAUGUAGCAUGAACAGGGAUAGAUCUCUUACAAGGAAUCUGCUUCUCACAAACUUCAUGUAAAUAACAGGAAUAGCUUACCCAUUUCGGAGAACUGAGGUUUUCCAGUUCGUGAUUUGUCAGGUUUUUUCACCAGACAGAAAUUCUAUGGUGCCAGAUGACUAUCUUUUACAGAACAAUAUCUUUUACAAUACAAAAACUUCAUGCUCAUUAAUGCACCACCUGUUUUAUCUUUGCAUAUAAAUGCUUGUCAUAAGGGGACAAACAGGAUCGGGUGGUCAGGCUCUCUGACAUGGUUAAUGCAUUUCAUCGUAUCCCAAUUGCAAAGAUUAAUGCUCAUGUCAAUCACUGGGUUGUCUUAUAAAGACUCGAUUAUUUGCAGACCUCAGUCAUAUAGCUGGAAUAUUGCUGAGUGGGGCAUUAAACAACAGACAAAACAAAACACACAAAAAAAAUCAAAUCAAAUCUGUUUUGCAGCCACAAACAAAAUUGUUGUCAUAAAUGCAUAAUAGAAAAAAACAACUAGCAUCAACGAUAAAUUCCUUUAAUCAUUUUUCAUUAUUAUGAAAUCUCUUCAACAUGUUCAAGUACCAGGGAGAACAAGAUACUUCCUCACAUUGUAGGUUCUCUGGGAUGUAAUCAGUGCACUGAUAGGUUUAGAAAAUAACAAAUGUCACACAAAAAUAUCAAAAAGAUUCAGACAGUUUGCCAUUGUCCACCUUGCUUCAAUGCUGUAUCAGGAUAUGUUCUGUUAUUUACACCAUUAAUCUCCAGUUUAUCAUGGUGAUAUAAAUUAAUUUUAGACAGGAGAGUUGUAUAUUCCAAAUUAGUUCAUUUCAAAGAAGAAUCUUGUACAGUGUUCAAACGGUGUGGCACGGACGACACCAGAAAGCAAUUACUGUACAUAUUGUAUAUAAUGUGUAUUUAUCAGUGUCUGUAUGUGUUUGUACUGCCAGUGUUGCAUAGUCGUAUACCGCAUUGUUAGCGAUAAAAUUUUCGAACUCUUGCAUGCAUGUGUAUCAUCCUCUUUUAAUAUAUAUAAAUACUACUCAAAAGAAGUUAAGGAACAUGUGACUGUUGAUCUGUCAUGGCUUGUGGGUAUAGCAACACACAACCUUCAAAUUGUAGGUGUUCCUUAACUUGUUUUGAGUAUCAUAGAUUCAGUAUGAGUAAUUGUUUAGGUAUUUUAUUAGUAAAAUCCUUGUUUUGGCUCCUGAAAAUUGACAAUCAUACUCAUCUGGGAGAUCACAGAAUAGAAUAUAAUCUGGAUAGAACAUGGACUUGAUAAGAAAAACGUUUCUGUUGUCAUAGAUACUUCAGCAUGUUCAGGAAAUAUAGAUUUUGUGUACCUCUGAACAAAUUAUGACAUGCUAUGUACAGUGUAUAAGUUUGUGUUUUUGUAACAAUGCUUACACUUUAUGUACAGCACAUCAAUAUCAUAGGACGUAAAAUAAACUAUCUGUGUUCGUA